UCCUCAUUAGCUCCAUUUCCUUUCAUGCCCAUCAUCUGGUGCUAAUCCUCUUGGCACCUCCACCAUUGCCAUCGCCAUCUCCACCAUGGAGUUCAACCGGCUUUGUUUCAUUUUACCUGCAGAUUUUGAUGAAAUCGAGUCGCUUGAUAAACCCAAAAACAAGGAGGGCAAGAAGCAGAAACACCGUGAUUGUGGAAGUCAAGUUUUGACAUUUGUUGGUGAUUCAUUACGCCGGUUCUAUGAUUCGAAAUUGUUUGGUUUCUGUCAUCAUAGGGUGUUAAGAAGACAGCAGUCUACUGCUUUUCAUGACCUGGAAGGAGUUUUAAUGUCCGAGAAGGAGAUUGCAGGAGAGAAUCCGAGGAUUUUCAGCUAUGCUGAGCUUUAUAUAGGGUCUAAAGGGUUUAGUGAAGAUGAAGUUUUGGGGAGUGGGGGCUUUGGCAGGGUGUACAGAGCAGUCUUACCUAGUGAUGGAACAGUGGUGGCCGUGAAAUGCCUGGCGGAGAAAGGGGAGCGGUUCGAAAAGACGUUUGCGGCUGAGCUGAUGGCUGUUGCGCAUUUGCGCCACAAAAACCUUGUCCGGUUGAGGGGAUGGUGCGUUCACGAUGACCAAUUGCUGCUGGUUUAUGACUACAUGCCUAACCGCAGCCUGGACAGAGCACUAUUCAGGAGGUCCGAAAACCUGGGGUCAGCGCCCCCGCCUCUUACUUGGGACCGCAGGAGAAAAAUAGUGGCAGGCUUGGCGGCUGCCCUGUUUUACCUCCACGAGCAACUCGAAACCCAAAUUAUCCACCGAGAUGUAAAGACAAGCAACGUUAUGCUAGAUUCUCAUUUCAACGCUCGGCUCGGUGACUUUGGCCUGGCACGCUGGCUUGAACAUGAACUUGAGUACCAAUUCAAGACGCCGACCACAAAGAAGAACCAGUUCCGGCUGGGUGACACAACCAGAAUUGGUGGCACAAUUGGGUACCUGCCACCGGAGAGUUUUCAGAGACGGAGCGUUGCCACUGCAAAAUCCGAUGUUUUCAGCUUUGGAAUUGUUGUGUUGGAGGUGGUGUCCGGCAGGCGUGCGGUGGAUCUCACGUUUGCGGAUGAUCAGAUUAUUUUGCUUGACUGGAUCCGGCGACUCUCAGACGAGGGAAGGCUUUUGCAAGCCGGAGAUAGCCGACUUGCAGAUGGGUCCUACAGGCUGGCGGACAUGGACCAGCUCCUCCACGUAGGACUCCUCUGCACUCUCCACAAUCCCCAUUUGAGGCCGAACAUGAAGUGGGUCGUGGAAGUUCUUUCCGGCAACCUAUCCGGUAGGUUACCGGCUCUGCCAUCAUUUCAGUCGCAGCCACUGUACAUCUCUUUAUCCUCUCCCUCGAACACCGCCUCAAGCAAAGCCACCACCACUACCAAUAGCAGCAACGCCCCCAGCACCGACACAACCCCCACUUCUGCUUCAUCUAACUACCUCACAGCCCUGGGAGAAACGAUCUAUGCAACUGCCGAGUGUGGUAACACUCUACCAGAUGACUCUAGAGCGUCCAAUCCCAGCGGUCGCCGAUCAACAAAUUUCUUCCUGAUUGAAACUCCGAGGGAAAUUUCAUUCAAGGAAAUCAUUUCCGCCACCAACAAUUUCGCAGAAUCGCAAAGGGUAGCAGAGCUCGACUUCGGAACCGCCUACCGCGGUUUCCUCGACAGCCGGCCGGUUCUCGUGAAGAGACUCGGCAUGACGAAAUGCCCUGCAUUGCGGACCCGAUUUUCCAAUGAACUUCAGAACCUAGCACGGCUCCGCCACCGGAAUCUGGUACAACUCCGGGGGUGGUGUACGGAACAAGGAGAGAUGCUUGUCAUCUAUGAUUACUCUGCAAAUCGGAUGUUGAGUCACCUUCUCUUCCAUCACGAUAACAGAAUUGGACAUUCUGUUCUCCGGUGGCGCCCAAGAUACAACAUUAUCAAAUCCCUUGCUUCCGCCAUUCUUUACCUUCAUGAAGAAUGGGAUGAACAGGUUAUUCACAGAAACAUCACCUCUUCUGCCAUCAUUCUCGAUCCCGAACUGAACCCACGGCUCAGUAGUUUCGCCCUGGCCGAGUUCUUAGCAAGAAACGAUCAUGCCCAUCAUGCUGCUACCAACAAGAACAAAUCAGUUCGUGGGAUUUUCGGCUACAUGUCACCGGAGUACAUGGAAUCCGGUGACGCAACCACAAUGGCUGAUGUUUACAGCUUUGGUGUGGUGGUGCUUGAGGUGGUUAGUGGGCAGAUGGCUGUGGACUUCAGGCGGCCAGAGGCGCUACUGGUGAAGAGGGUUCAUGAGUUUGAAUCUCAGAAACGUCCAUUGGAGGAACUGGUUGACAUAAGGUUGAACGGAGAGUAUAACAGGAAAGAACUGCUACGAUUGACAAAACUAGGAAUAGUCUGCACAAGGUAUAACCCAGAAUUAAGGCCUAAUAUGAGGCAGAUUGUGAGCAUACUCGACGGAAAUGAUAAAUUUUUCACAGCAGAAGGGCAGAGGAAGGAGAGCAGAGAAGAAUGGAAACAGAAGAAUUCUUCAUCUUUGUCGUUGGUGAAGCGAAUCCAGGCAUUGGGAAUACAAUGAAAUCCUCACCAUGUAGCACAAAGGAGAGAGAUGUAUCCAUAGAUCUGUAGUGAGUUUCGGUUGAUCUAUUGUUUUUCGUUUUCGGUUUUUGUGUACUUAGUUCAUCUAUUGUACACUAAUCAAGGUGCUGUGUAUAACGAAUGAGAGGAGGAAUUUGGAGUUAGUCAAUCUGCUGCUAUGAACUUCCAAUGCAUUGCAUUUCUAACA